AUGUCAGGCUUAGACGUGGAGGCCCUCCUCGAUUCGACUGCCUCCUCCAAGGAGCAGAACAGCAAGGCCACCGCUAAUGGCGACUCGCCGCAGAACGGAAGCCGCAGCGAGCAUACCGACCGCGAACGUGGUCGGGACGACCGUAGCCGCGACGACACCAGAGGCCGGAGCCGCGACCGUUCCUACUCCCGCUCGCGCGACCGGGACCGCGAUCGUGACCGCAGCCGCAGCCCAUCCCGCGAUACCAGAGACCGUGACCGCGACCGUCGCCGCCGUGACCGCAGCCCCGCCCGCUACCGCGGCUCGUCUAGCGGACGGGACACACCCAGGAGCGAAGCCGGAAGUCACAAGAGUAGGCGCAGGAGCCGGAGCCGUGAAUCUGGCCGACACUCACGUCGUCAUAGAGACGGAGACUACUAUCGUGGCAGCACCCGAGGAGCUGGCCGCUCCCGCUCUCGCUCGCCCACCCGCUAUUACCGCCCGGACCGUGACCGCGACCGCGAUGCUAGGGACCGCGGUGACCGCUACCGGCGCCGCGACGACGAUCGUGACCAUGACCGUGAUCGGGACCGCGACCGCGAACGUGACCGCGAACGUGACCGCGAACGUGACCGUGACCGCCGCGACCGCGCCCGCCGGCGCAGCACCCCGCGCGAGCCUUCGCCCACCAACGACGAGCGCGAUCGUCGCACCGUGUUUGUCCAGCAGCUGGCCGCUCGCCUCCGUACUCGCGAGCUGAAGGAGUUUUUUGAGAAGGCUGGUCCUGUUGCUGAGGCCCAGAUCGUCAAGGAUCGUGUCAGCAACCGUUCUAAAGGCGUCGGCUAUGUCGAGUUCAAGAGUGAAGAGUCCGUUGCUGCCGCCCUUCAGCUCACUGGUCAGAAACUCCUAGGUAUUCCCAUCAUCGUGCAACCCACCGAGGCCGAGAAGAACCGCCAGGCCCGCACCACGUCCGGUCACCAUCCAAACUCCGUUCCCUUCCAUCGUCUCUACGUGGGCAACAUCCACUUCAGCAUCACCGAGACAGAUCUCCAGCAUGUGUUUGAGCCUUUUGGUGAGCUUGAGUUUGUCCAACUGCAGAAGGAUGAGAACGGCCGCAGCCGCGGCUACGGUUUUGUCCAGUUUCGCGAUGCUGCGAACGCCCGUGAGGCUCUCGAGAAGAUGAACGGAUUCGACCUCGCCGGUCGGCCGAUUCGCGUGGGACUUGGCAAUGAUAAGUUUACCCCCGAGUCAACUGCCAAUCUCUUACGGGGCUUCCCAGGCCAGGGUUCCGCUUUCUCCGGCGCCGGCGGCCGUGGCCCACCGGCCUCAACCUUUGACCGCGCCGGCGGCCGCGACAGCGACAAGGUGUCGGGCGCCAGCGCGCUCGACGACACAGACGUCGCCGGCGUCAACUUUAACAAUUACAGCCGUGACGCCCUCAUGCGCAAGCUGGCCAGGACUGACGAGCCAGCGCCCGAGCGACAGAUUCUCAAGCCCAAGACCGUGGAGACUAAGCCGCUUCCUGUUAAUGUUAACAUGGCCAGUCGGCAACAAGGCGAAGACUGGAUCAAGGAGCUCGAGGACGAGGUGCGCCAGGAGGCCGAGGAGAAGUAUGGCCACGUCGUGCACAUUGCCGUCGACCCUAACUCCAACGGCGACAUCUACCUCAAGUUUGACAAGGUGCAGGGCGGCGAGAACGCCAUCAAAGGCCUCAACGGCCGCUAUUUCGACGGCCGCAUGAUUACGGCCGCGCCCGUCGUCGACGCCGUCUACAGCAGUUUGUUCUCUCGCGCCAAGGCUCUCUAA